AUGCAGGCGUUCUCAAGGCAAUCGCGGCCUGCGGGCGCUCUCCUGAAACAGCUCGCUCGGAGAAGCUACAGCUCGUCCACGUCCCCUUACGCCGCCACGAUCCAGAACCUCCGCAUCAACAGCGACACCAAGGUUCUCUUCCAAGGUUUCACAGGAAAGCAGGGAACAUUCCAUGCGCAACAAGCGAUCGACUAUGGCACCAAGGUUGUGGGCGGCACCAACCCCAAGAAGGCCGGCCAGACGCAUCUUGGCCUCCCCGUCUUCGCCAACGUCAGCGACGCCGUGAAGGAGACAGGCGCGAACGCGACGGCUAUCUUCGUACCGCCCCCACUCGCCGCCGCUGGUAUUGAGGAAGCCAUCGCCGCUGAGAUUCCUCUCGUUGUAUGCAUUACCGAGGGUAUCCCCCAGCAUGACAUGGUGCGCAUCUCGGCCAUGCUCCGAACCCAGAGCAAGACCCGCCUCGUGGGGCCGAACUGCCCGGGCAUCAUCGCCCCGGGCCAAUGCAAGAUCGGUAUCAUGCCCGGCUUCAUCCACAAGCGCGGCCGCAUCGGCAUCGUCAGCAGGUCCGGCACGCUCACCUACGAGGCCGUGAACCAGACCACCAACGCCGGCCUGGGCCAGUCGCUCGUCGUCGGCAUCGGCGGCGACCCCUUCAGCGGCACCAACUUCAUUGACUGCCUCAAGGUCUUCCUCCAGGACGAGGAGACGGAUGGCAUCAUCAUGAUCGGCGAGAUCGGUGGCUCCGCCGAGGAGGACGCGGCCGACUUCCUCCGCGAGAACAACACCACCAACGGCGGCAAGCCCGUCGUGUCCUUCAUUGCCGGUAUCUCGGCUCCGCCGGGCCGCCGCAUGGGUCACGCUGGUGCCAUCGUCUCCGGCGGCAAGGGCGGUGCCGACUCCAAGAUCAAGGCUCUGGAGGCCGCCGGCGUCAUUGUCGAGAGGUCGCCGGCUAGUCUGGGCAAGGCCCUCCGUGACGAGUUCGUCAGACGGGAUCUCCUUUAA